AUGGCACCCCAAAAAGGGCGUCGCAGGUCGCUGCCUGCCACGCCCACACAAAUAACUCCCGCUCGACGCUCCCCCCGAGUCUCUUCUUCAGCCUCUCUGCACUCCGGUAGACGAAGAGCAUUUGAAGCACAACCAUCUCGACUCCGGCAUUCGCAAACAGUAGACUCCUUACAAGCGUCUGCUGCAACCUUCACCGACCCCGACCUGGAUCGAGGAUUUAUUGAAAGCCUUGAAGCCACCGGCUGGUCUCUAGACCAGUACCUCCCGAAGUCGAGACACCCCCACCCGAGCUCGACUUCUACCUCCUCCGACAUGUCGAGUGCCUCGAUCGGUACUCGGAUGUCUGGGCGCAUCCGAAAGCCCUCAACUCGCGCUCUCGAGGCCGCCGAGGAACAGGCGUCCCGACCAAAGAAGUGGGCUCUCCCCAAGAAGCCGGCCACCAAGCCGGAACCUGAGCCUGCCUCUGAGCCUGUUCUGCUCCCAGUCUCUGAGCACACGCCAUCGCCAACUCCUCUCAUCGCCCCGAAGCCCACUUCUAUGGACUCGACCAAGAAGCUGGCUCAGAAGCCAAAGACCAUCAAGUCGAGUGCCAAGCAGAUUGUGGCCAGCAUUGAGAACAGGGGCCAGCAGCUUUCUGAAUCUGCCAGAAAAGCAUUUUCUAGAACCAUUAAGCUCCCUAGCGAAGCUGCUGGUUUCCUUGCCAAGGUGCGCGCACAGCGCGAGGCCGGGAUACUCCGUCCCUGGGAAGCCCGUGGCGACCUGUCCAGUAUCAAUACUGAUACUGAGGCCAGCGAGAGCGCGAGUACUUCCCCCGACCCUAAACCUGAGGUCCCCACUCAUGGAAGAUACGUGUCUCCAGUCCCCCUCUCACCCAGUCCUCGCCCCAUUGCCCCCGAAGCUCCUUUCCUGUAUCCUCAUCUUUUGAGGGAUGUACCCAAGGAGAAGCUUCUGAGGAUGAAGUUGUUUCUCAAGGAAGCUCCUGGUAUGGAUGGCGAGGACUGGGCUCGCGCUGGAUUCAGUGACGACGGCGAAGAGGCCGUCGUCUCGCCUCGGGGACAAAGUCCCUACCGGGCUACUCCUCCACCCCAGGAGGAGAACCUCCCUCUCCCACCUCUUCUUUCUCGUUCGGAGAACGAAAUUUCUCGGAACAACCACCUCGGUUUCCCUCCCUUCUUCGGAGACCGCAAUACCCCCUACCUUCAAGUCUCCGGGGUCACUGGGGAGGAGAUCACAGCUGGCAUUUCUCAAGAGAAUGCCACCAUCAAGCGACGUGCUGACGAGCCGGCUGACGAGCCUACGGCUAAGCAUCAGCGUCGUUCGCCUUCGCCCGCUGCUCCUUCUUCUGUGGCGCCUCACCCCUACAACACCCGAUGCAAGGGUAAGGGACCCGCGCCGACCAAGCCGGUGCGGCUCAAGCUCACUUUGAAGCCACGAGCUGAGGCCAAGAAGACCCCCUCAAGUCAGCCUGGCACAGACUCCAGUGAAUCUUCUUCCACUUCCCAGUCUCCUUCCCCGGCAGCAGAUAGCGGCCCGGCCCGUUCAACUCGUAGUCAGUCGCGGAAGCCUUCAAAGAAGGUCCUCGAGACCAAGAAGACCGCGACGACGAAGAAGAAGACUGCCGUCGUCAAGAGGGCCGUGGCCGCCAAGAAAUCUGCUGCCGCCACUCCUUACUCCCUCCCUACCAACAACAAAUCGGAGAAUAAGGCGAAGGUGGUGGUGAAGAAGGAGUCUGCUGCCAAGAAAGGCAACCGGAAGAACCGGUGA